GCCCGGGGGAGGCGGGAACCCCACCUGCCAGCCUUCUGGGCUGGGUGACCUUGAACACGCUCCGGGCCCCUUCCGGGCCGCGCCCGGGGCGCCGGGGGCGGGGGCGGGGGAGGCCGGCAGGAUCGGCCUGGCGCGGGAGAGCAUGAAUUAAGGGAGCGCCGCCCGCCCAGCCGCAGAGGUCGCCAUGGCCGUGGUGCACAGCGCCGGAGGCAGAGAGGAGGCGGCCGCCUUCCCCGAGAUCGUGGAGCUCAACGUGGGAGGGCAGGUGUACAUCACCCGCUACCCCACCCUGGUCAGCGUCCAAGGCUCCCUGCUCUGGGAAAUGUUCAGUCGCAAGAGCCCCCUCUCCUUGGCCCACGACAACAAGGGGCGCUUCUUCGUGGACCGAGACGGCUUCCUCUUUCGUUACGUGCUGGACUACAUGAGAGACCACCAGCUGGUGCUGCCCGACCACUUUCCGGAGCGGAGCCGGCUCAGGAGGGAGGCCGAGUACUUCCAGCUGCCGGAGCUCGUCAAGAUCCUGGCCCCGGAGCCCGGAAACCACGGCGCGGUGGCGGCCGAUGACUCGGAAGAGCAGUACUCCAACCCGGGGGGCUCUCCCGGCGCCGGGGCCGUCCGCAAAGGCGGCUACAUCACCCUCGGCUACCGCGGUUCCUACACCCUGGGCCGCGAUAGCCAAACCGAUGCCAAAUUUCGUCGCGUGGCCCGCAUCAUGGUGUGCGGCAAGAUCUCCCUGGCCAAAGAAGUAUUUGGCGAGACCCUGAACGAGAGUCGGGACCCGGACCGGCCUCCCGAGCGGUACACGUCCCGCUACUACCUCAAAUUCAACUACCUGGAGCAGGCCUUUGACAGACUGGCCAACGCCGGCUUCCACAUGGUGACGUCCAACUCGACGGGCACCUGCGCCUGCGCCCAGGACCAGAGCGACGACAAGAUCUGGACCUCUUACACCGAGUACAUUUUUUACCGUGAGUGAUCCUUAAAGACGCCGCCGCCGCCGCCGCCGCCGCCCAGCCAAACAGAAGCCGGCGCGUCCCGACUCCCCUUCCCGCCGUGGGCCCGUGCUAGCUCUCUUCUUCACGGAGGGGCUUUGGUGCCCCGGGCCCUCAGCCUCCCUGGCCCACCACGUCGAGCCCUCUUGCUUCUGGCCCUGGCACGGGCUCCUCUGCAUAUGUGUGUCCAUAUAAACAUAUCGCCCUGGCAGGUCGGGGACCACGGGGAGGGGUGGGGCCUGGGCGAUGGAUGAAUGCCACGAGUGGCACGAGGUGGAACCCAAGGCUGCCAACAACCUCCCCCCCACCCCCACCCCCCAGCCCUUCCUUCCUCUUGGGUUCGUGACUUCUGUGACCGAAGGCCUUGGGCCCUGGGUGGGAGGCUCACAGGGUCCAGCGGCUCCUGGGCUUGCGCCCCACCCAGAACUGUCCCCCGCGUAGUGGUCCCACAAGGCCAACUGGACGGAUGAAGACGAUGGCCCCUGAGGGCCCCAAGCAGCUUGGCAGUGGGGGAGGGGAAAGGGGAAAGAGAGGGAGGGAGGCUUCUGGCAGGAGUCGGCGAAACUGGUGCAGGGGAGAGGGGGGCAAGUGGGACGGGCCGUCCAGAGGCUCCUGAGAGUGAGGCGAGUGAAGGGCCGAGGGGGAACGAGGGCAAACAGAGGCCCAGGCGUGCCUCGGUGCGGCCAGGGGAAAGGGCAGGGGCAGCCCUCCUCUGGCUGCCUCUAGGUCUUCCCCAGUGACAGCCGGUGCUUUCUGUGUUGGUUGGCCCUGGCACCCCCCAGGCACAUGCAAUAAAGGAAGAAAUAAUAAAGACCCCUCCCUUCC